AUGGGACAAACUGUCGCGACCCCACUAAACCUUACUUUACAGAACUGGAAAGAUGUGCAAACAUCAGCUCACAAUCUUUCAGUAGAAGUUAAAAAAAGAAAAUGGAUAACUUUUUGUUCAUCAGAAUGGCCCACUUUCAACUGUGGUUGGCCACCAGAAGGAACCUUUAACCUAACCAUUGCCUUACAGGUUAAGGCCAAAGUCAUGGAUCCGGGACCACACGGACACCCAGACCAGGUCCCCUAUAUUGUCACUUGGGAGGCUCUUAUUUCUGAUCCUCCCCCGUGGAUAAGACCCUUCCUACCCGCCCCGGCGCCCCAACUCCCUACCCCCUUAACCCUUCCAUCUGCACCUCAACUCCCGUCCCCACUCCUUCCGUCCUUGACUCCCCAACCCCAACUCCCUCCUCCUCUUCUCCCCUCUCCAGCUCCCCAACCCCCCUCACAUUCCUCACUUUACCCAGCCCUUGUUCCCCUAGAAAGUGAAAAACAGGUGCCUCCGGAAAAAGGCAGACCUGCCACCCCAAAGGUUCUGCCACCAGGGGAAGAAGUUCUCCUGGAUUUGUUGACGGAAGAACCGCCUCCCUAUCAGGGACAUGCUCAGCAGCCUCAGGAAGCAGUGGCUGCCGCCCCUCCACCGCCUGCCGACCCUGCACCAUCCCCGGUGGCCGGUCGACUCCGCGGACGCCGAGAGCAGGUCCCGGACUCUACCUCCACCUCUCAGGUGUUUCCCUUGCGUGCAGGGACGAACGGCCAGCUGCAAUAUUGGCCCUUUUCGGCCUCAGACUUGUAUAAUUGGAAGACUAACAACCCUCCCUUUAGUAAAGACCCCUCAAAACUAACCUCUUUAAUUGAAUCUAUUUUAGUGACUCAUCAACCAACUUGGGACGAUUGCCAGCAACUAUUGCAGGUGCUGUUGACUACCGAGGAAAAACAGCGUGUUUUCCUCGAAGCGAGAAAGAACGUCCCUGGGGACCACGGGCGUCCCACUCAACUGCCUAAUGAGAUAGAUGCUGCUUUUCCCUUGGAACGGCCCAAUUGGGACUUCAAUACGGAUGCAGGUAGGAACCACCUACGCCUUUACCGCCAGUUGCUAAUAGUGGGUCUCCAAGGGGCCGCUCGGCGGCCCACCAAUUUGGCGCAGGUAAAGCAAGUAGUUCAGAAAGUAGAGGAGUCGCCUUCGGCUUUUCUUGAGCGUCUUAAGGAGGCAUAUCGCAUUUACACUCCUUACGACCCUGAGGAUCCAGGGCAGGCUACGAAUGUUGCUAUGUCUUUUAUUUGGCAAUCGGCUCCUGAUAUCAGAAAGAAGCUAGAGAGACAGGAGGAUCUUCAGACAUUGUCCCUCCAGGACUUGCUUAAGGAAGCCGAACGCAUUUAUAAUAAGAGAGAGACUCCAGAAGAAAGAGAGGAAAGGCUGAGGAAGGAAGCUGAAGAGAGAGAAAGUGUACGUGAUCGUAAAAGAACAAAGGAGAUGAGUAAGCUAUUGGCCACCAUAGUAUCAGGGCAGCGACAGGAGCAGGAAAAGCAGAAGGGAGACAGAUCGGGCCACCCAUUGGAAAAAGACCAGUGUGCAUACUGUAAGGAAAAAGGACACUGGAUGAGAGACUGCCCAAAGAGACCCAGGGGACAUCGGAGACCAAGACCCCAGACAUCCUUGCUAACCUUAGACGAUUAGGGGGGUCCAGGCCAGGAGCCCCCCCCUGAGCCUAGGAUAACUCUGGAAGUUGGGGGGCAACCCGUCACCUUCCUGGUGGAUACGGGGGCCCAACACUCGGUAUUGACCACGACCCCCGGACCCCUGAGUGACCGAUCAGCCUGGGUGCAAGGAGCCACUGGAGGGAAGCGGUAUCGGUGGACCACCGAUCGAAGAGUGCAACUGGCCACCGGUAAGGUAACACAUUCCUUCUUGCAUGUUCCCGACUGCCCUUACCCUCUACUGGGAAGAGACUUGUUAACCAAAUUAAAGGCACAAAUUCAUUUUGAGGAGACAGGGGCACGCAUUACUGGGCCCAAGGGACAGCCAUUACAUGUACUGACCCUCGGAAUAGAGGACGAGUACAGGUUGUAUGAACAAAGACAGGACAAAGAGGACGCCCAUAUACGGCCUUGGGUGCGAAAGUUCCCGCAAGCGUGGGCUGAGACGGGAGGCAUAGGCUUAGCCGUCCACCAGGCUCCUUUAGUUAUCCAACUAAAGGCCGCUGCCUCCCCUGUGUCUAUAAAACAAUACCCGCUGUCCCAAGAGGCCCGUCGGGGAAUUCGUCCUCACAUAAAGAGACUGUUAGACCAAGGAAUACUAACCCCCUGCCAGUCUCCCUGGAAUACUCCGCUCCUCCCGGUCAAAAAGCCGGGAACUCAAGAUUAUAGACCAGUACAGGACUUGAGAGAAGUUAAUAAGCGGGUUGAGGACAUUCACCCCACGGUCCCUAAUCCAUACAACCUACUGAGCAGUUUGCCCCCCACUCAUAUCUGGUAUACUGUCUUGGACUUAAAGGACGCGUUUUUCUGCUUAAGAAUCCAUCCCAGUAGCCAGCCUAUUUUUGCCUUUGAAUGGAAGGAUCCAGAGCUGGGAGUGUCGGGGCAAUUGACUUGGACUAGACUGCCCCAGGGGUUUAAGAACAGCCCCACACUAUUUGAUGAGGCGUUACAUCGGGACCUAGCCGACUUCAGAAUUCAACAUCCCACGUUAAUAUUGCUCCAGUACGUAGAUGAUCUCCUGCUGGCAGCCCAGACACAGGAGGACUGCAACUCAGGGACUGAAGAUCUCCUGCAGACCCUGGGUGCCAUUGGCUACAGGGCCUCCGCCAAAAAGGCGCAAAUUUGUCAGAAGCAAGUAACGUAUCUAGGAUAUCAGAUCAAAGACGGGCAGAGGUGGCUGACAGAGUCUCGCAAACGGGCAAUUAUGGAUAUUGCCCCACCCCAGAGUCCAAGACAGUUGCGAGAGUUUCUGGGAACAGCUGGAUUCUGCCGACUGUGGAUUCCCAGCUUCGCGGAGAUAGCCGCCCCUCUGUACCCGUUAACAAAACCAGGGACGCUAUUUGUCUGGGAAGAGAUCCAACAAAAAGCCUUCCAAAACAUUAAGGAGGCGCUCUUACACUCCCCGGCUUUGGGGUUGCCAGAUCUAACCAAACCUUUUGAGCUGUUUGUAGAUGAAAAGCAAGGAUAUGCAAAAGGAGUCCUGACCCAGAAGCUGGGGCCUUGGAGACGUCCUGUGGCCUAUCUCUCCAAAAAGCUGGAUCCGGUUGCUUCUGGAUGGCCCCCGUGCCUGCGGAUGGUUGCGGCGAUUGCAGUCCUGGUAAAAGACUCGGGUAAGCUUACCCUAGGCCAGCCACUUGUCAUCCUGGCCCCACAUGCCGUAGAGGCCCUGGUCAAACAACCACCAGACCGAUGGCUCUCUAACGCCCGCAUGACCCACUACCAAGCCAUGCUCCUAGAUAAAGACAGAAUACAGUUCGGGCCUGUAGUAACUCUGAACCCCGCUACCCUGCUGCCACAACCGGGGGAGGCGGAGCCCCAUGACUGCUUGCAGAUCCUGGCCGAAGUACAUGGAACUCGACCGGACUUGACCGACCAGCCCCUCCGGGAUGCUGAUUUCACUUGGUAUACAGAUGGGAGCAGCUUCUUGGACCAUGGUGAGAGGAAGGCCGGAGCUGCUGUCACCACCGAGACUGAGGUAGUUUGGGCGGAGGGACUUCCGCCUGGGACGUCAGCACAGCGUGCCGAGCUGAUCGCCCUGACCCAUGCACUCAAAAUGGCAAAAGGCAAGAGACUUAACGUCUACACCGAUAGUCGCUACGCUUUUGCUACGGCCCAUGUGCAUGGAGAAAUCUAUCGCAGGCGGGGCUUAUUGACCUCAGAGGGCAAGGAAAUUAAAAAUAAGCCGGAAAUUCUGGCCCUAUUGGAGGCCUUGUUCUUGCCCCAAAAACUGAGCAUUAUACACUGUCCGGGACACCAAAAAGGACAGACCUCGGAAGCGAGAGGCAAUCGACUGGCUGAUAGGGCGGCCCGGGAGGCAGCGCUAGCCGAAACUCCAACCACCCCGGUCCUCCUCCCCAUGACAACCAAGCCGCAAACAAAAAGACCCAGUCCGCUCCCCUACAGUCCAGAGGACAUGGACGAUCUAAAGAAAAUGGGGGCCACCUUUGACCCUGAGAGAGGGGCUUGGACUAACGAUGGGAAGACUGUUUGGCCAAGAAAGUGGACUCGUCAAAUGAUAGACCGCCUCCACAAACUAACCCAUCUUAGCAACCGGAAAAUGAAGACCCUCCUUGAGCGUGAGGAAGGGCUAAUGCAUCUUCUGGGAAAAGAGGACAGCCUACAAGCAGUGACAGAUCAAUGCACAAUAUGUGCCCGUGUCAACGCUGGGAAGACCAAAAUAGGGCCAGGAGUGCGGGUACGAGGACAGCGACCUGGGACUCACUGGGAGAUCGACUUCACGGAGAUUAAGCCUGGACAGUAUGGUUACAGAUAUCUCCUAGUAUUUGUGGACACCUUCUCAGGCUGGGUAGAGGCUUUCCCUACCAAACAUGAAACCUCCAGAGUGGUAACAAAAAAGCUGAUGGAAGAAAUUUUUCCCCGAUAUGGUAUGCCACAGGUAUUAGGGACUGAUAAUGGGCCUGCGUUCGUCUCCCAGGUAAGUCAGUUGGUGGCCAAACUGUUGGGGAUUGAUUGGAAAUUGCACUGUGCUUACAGACCCCAGAGCUCAGGGCAGGUAGAAAGAAUGAAUAGAACGAUUAAGGAGACUUUAACCAAAUUAACACUUGCAACUGGCUCAAAGGACUGGGUGUUCCUCCUGCCCCUUGCCCUCUACCGCGCUCGCAAUACCCCUGGCCCCCAUGGCCUUACCCCUUUUGAAAUCUUGUACGGAGCUCCCCCGCCGGCCGUCAAUUUUCUUGACCCUCAUAUAUCUGACUAUGCUAAUAGCCCUUCUUUACAAGCUCACUUGCAGGCACUUCAGAUUGUCCAGCGUGAAGUCUGGAAGCCUCUUGCGGCAGUAUACCGGGACCAACAAAACGACCCUGUCGUGCCUCAUCGUUUCCAAAUAGGAGAUUCUGUGUGGGUCCGCCGCCAUCAGACCAAAAACUUGGAACCACGGUGGAAAGGACCAUACAUCGUUCUCCUCACCACUCCUACAGCCGUGAAAGUGGACGGAAUCGCCGCCUGGAUCCACGCGUCCCACGUCAAGGCCGCCCGGACCCCGGAAGAGACCUCAACAGACCCGGACUGGAAAGUUCAGCGCACUCAAAAUCCUUUAAAGAUAAGACUUACGCAAAUACUAACGGACUCAGUAAACUCCUUAGCUGAAGUAGUCCUUCAAAAUCGAAGAGGAUUGGACCUACUGUUCUUAAAGGAAGGGGGCUUAUGUGUAGCUUUAAGGGAAGAAUGUUGUUUUUAUGUCAAUAAGACAGGAGUAAUAAUCAAGUCCCUAGAUAAACUUAAGGAAAGACUGAACAAUAGACAGCGAGAAUUUGAGUCUCAACAAACUUGGUAUGAAGGGUUGUGGAAUAAGUCUCCCUGGUUUACUACCCUGAUAUCCUCAUUAAUGGGACCAUUAAUACUCCUUAUGUUAAUCCUUACUGUGGGCCCCUGCAUCAUCAAUCGCCUAAUACAAUUUAUAAAGGACCGCCUAUCGGUCGUACAGGCCCUAGUAUUAACCCAACAAUACCACCAACUUAAAUUGACGGAGGAAUCUCCAGUUGAAUGA